AUUUUCUGUUACUAAAUGUUUCUUUGUAAUUCUAACAGAUGAACUGGCAACGGUCAUAGUAAAGUUAAAAGAAAUGAUAACCAAAUCAUUACGCGAAAGUCUAACACCUGAAAAUACCCAUUAUGAAUCAGUAAGUCAACAUCUGGGCAAUACAGAAGAUGAAAUAAAUAAGCAUAAAGAUAAGUUGUCAUCACUGCUGACACCUGAAGAUGUGAACAUGUUUGGAGGAAAGCAAACCAUAAAGCUGUAUUCCAAUAUUCCUGGAUCAUUAUUCAAAGAGGCUUUAGAGUUCUAUGAAAAUACUCACAUUACUAAAACAGCUGGAAGAAUGGAUAUGUUAGUGGAUGAAGUACUUCAGAACUACUCAUCAUCAUCAUCGUAUUCACCAGGUUCUGGUGCUAAUGGAUACAUUGAAAAUGGUAAUAAUACGUAUACUUCAAACAAAGUGUACAAUACACCAUUACUGAAAGCUCUUACAAAUUCAAAUGUUUAUUACACAAAUCAUGAUGAAGAGAAAUCACCAGACACAAGAAGCUCAAGUACAGCUUUUCAUGAAUCACCUGAAAUUAUCAAACCUAAUAUCUUUCAGAAACAUACACAUCAGUCUACAUCAACAUCCAGAACAAAUUAUCCAGGACCUCCGCCAGAGUUCAAACUGAUUUAUGAGUAA